AUGGCAUGUUUUAUUUUCUUCACAGCAUUCAUUCAGUCAGAGAGCAUAAUAGAAGUACUGCGUUUUGAUGAUGGAGGGCUACUACAGACUGAGACAACACUUGGACUCAGUUCGUAUCAGCAGAAAAGUAUAUCUCUGUACCGGGGUAACUGCAGGCCCAUACGAUUUGAACCACCAAUGCUGGAUUUCCAUGAACAGCCAGUUGGAAUGCCAAAAAUGGAAAAAGUCUACUUACAUAAUCCUAGUUCCGAAGAAACUAUUACUCUAAUAUCAAUAUCUGCUACAACAUCACAUUUUCAUGCAUCAUUUUUUCAAAACAGG